ACAGGCAAACGUAAGCUAAGUUCAAUUCAAGCCCUGGAUGACGAGGGCAGAAUUCAAGGAGCUGAGGAACCAGGAAAACGACAGAACAUUCUGGGUGAUCGUAGUGCAAGUUCCGCUGGAUGACAUGCCGUUCAUCUAUGUGCAGAUCGAACGUGCGAUCGGCAAGAUAGAACGGGCUUUUCCUCCAGAUGCAGAUUCGGAAAGACCAGCGUUGGUCAACGCUAAAUUCGACUUGGAUCCUGCGGCAAAAAACAACAUGAAGGAUAGGCUAUGGAUUGCCACGUCAAAGGGGGAUAAAUUGGAAGUCCGUUUGGCAUGCUUCACGGCGAUAAGAUGUCGAAUCUGCAAACAAUUCUUUCAUACGGAGGCGGAUUGCAAAAGGAAUGGAGGUGUGCAGAGCAGAGAACCAAGAGGUGGAGCAAAUAAUGCAAACCAACAGCCAACACAGACACAGUCCAACACAAGGCAACAAGAAAGUAGAGGUCCUCGAUAUCAAGGACCGCUCGGGCCACAAUCAUCCUGGAACGUGCCAGGAGCAAGCCAGGCACAAACAGGAUUCCUGAACGCAGUUGUAAACCCAAUAUACUCACCGGGAGGGCAACUCAACGCAAGCUUGUCCAUGCAGAACUGGGCGCAGAUGAUGGCGGCUCUACAUGGGGUUGCCAUGCAAGCAGGAGCCCCCGUGCAGGGGAGUAAUUGGCAGUACCCCAAUUUUCAACCGAAUGCACAACAAUCGAACGCGUUCUCAUUGGGCGGCGGAGGCCUCCACAUGUUUGGUCAACCUGCUCAGGGCAUACCGUCGACCUUUCAAACGUAUCAUCCCGGAUUAGGUAAUCCGGACCCAAGGGCGCAUCAAAUGGGAGGAGAUGGAAGAGGGGUAGGAGCGGGAGGUACAGGCCGCCAAGCAUCAGGGAGUCAGCAAACACUGGGAGCAUCACCACAACCAGGUCGAAGGGAGGGGUCGAGUCAAGGAAGAGACGUACACGGCCAAGGAGCAGCAGCGCAAGAAGCGUCAACCUCAAGGGUAUCGGAAGGCUCGCAACAUACGGCUCGACACGCGGGCAAACAACGUCGGCUGAGCAUGUCCUCGGUGAAGGAACUCCAUACGGAAGCCUCCGGGGACUCCCUGUCGAACCCCAAUGAGCAGCUUACUUCAACAGGUACGCCAGGUCAAAAGACCACAAGGGAUAGGAGAGUGACGUCACUAAGCAGGGGACAAGGCGCAGGAAUCGAGCAACUGGUCAUCCCACUGGUUUGUAUUGCAGUCCGGAAUGCCUUCUGGGUGAUUAUCUGGCAGUCAACAACGGGACCUCCGUUAAUCCUAUUGCGGCAAGUUGCAGAUGCGCCAACCCCUCAGAUCGUUGCUCAGGUGGUGGAAAACCUAUACCUGAAGUACUUUGCCACGCGGGUGGUGGCGGACUGCCCGAUGGCCAGGAUAAUCACGGAAGUGAAUGGCAACAAGAUUAAGAUUUUUGUGCCACUAAUCGACGCCAGAAUGACCUCUGAUGAUAUGGGGAAUCUGGAGCAAAGACGGUUGAGGUUGGUUCCGAUGGCGUGGUUCGCCGAAGGCAAAAAGUUGGAAUUAGGGAAGAUCAUGAUUGCCACACGACUGUCGGUGGAAUGCCUAGCAGAGCUAAAGAUUCACUUUCACAAGGACAAGCAUCUCGAUUCACAGUUCGUGAGAGUCGCCCUCACACUCCCAUGGGACGCGGAGGACCUGGGAAGAGGGGCGAGCCGCAGCAACACGGGAGCUCCUCACAUCCAAUUCAAUGGAGGCCUAAGGGGAGAUGGUUAAAAUUAAGAUCGCUUCUCGAAACGUCUGUGGGCUGGGAUACACCGGAGGAAGGAACAAAAAUUCAAGGUUGAA